GUUUGCAUUGGCAACACUGGACAUUGACAAAGUCAUAAUAACGUGUGUGAAAAUGUAAUUUUUUUACUGUUAUUGUCCAUUCAGAAUGUGUACAAAAUAUUGCUGUAUUUAAAUAAACGCUGACUAUGGCUUCGAAGUCUGCGUUCGCGUCGGCCCCGGGCGGGCUGACGUCAGUCGACCCGGACUCAGUGCAGUUUCUGAUGUUCAGCGAUGAAGAUAUCAAAAAACUCAGUGUGGCUAAAAUAACCAAUACGCUAUCUUUCGACGCCAUGGGGAACCCUAAUAAAGGUGGUUUGUAUGAUUCUGCGCUAGGUCCCGCUCGCGACAGAUACGAAGCCUGUGGGACAUGUCACAAUACCAUGCUCCAUUGUCCGGGACACUUCGGACAUAUAGAACUGCCGCUGGUUGUCGUCAACCCUCUGUUCAUGAAGACAAUAUACACACUUUUCCGAAUAUGUUGUUUAAAGUGCUUCAAAAUCCAGAUGGAUGACAAACUGAAGUUCAUUUUGAAACUUCAAUUGCAACUUCUUGAUGCUGGUCAUGUGACAGCUGCUUUAGACCUGGACAAUUUUAUUGGAGAUGUCAAAGAAUAUAGAACUGACAGUUCACCAGAAAAACCAAAUAAAACUAUAAGAAAAUACCAGAAACUAUUGAAGAAGUCAGAUCCUGUUACUGAAACAUUUCAAAGUAAGAAUACAGAUAAGUUACGAACUAGAAUAAUGAACAAUUACUUUAGAGCCAUCAACACUGCUAAAAACUGCAUGUAUUGCAGAAACAAACUUAUCAAAGUUACUACAUCUGAUAAUAAAAUCAUGUAUAACAUCAGUAGUGAAGUAGGCAAAGGAGUCAAGAUUUUAAUGCCAGAUGAAAUACAAAAGUAUUGCUCAGCUAUAGCUGAAAAUGAUGAAGAUAUUCUUGCAUACUGCAUACCAGUUCUGAAACAUACCAAUGUCAAACCUGCUACAAAUUUGUUUUUCAUGGAACUGAUCCCUGUCUUGCCUCCCUGUGUCAGGCCAUGUAACUUUUUGCAAGGAGAAUUGAUUGAACAUCCACAGACAAAUGUGUACAAGAGUAUCUUACAAUCUGCUUAUUGUGCCCGAGCAGUAUUACAAGUUCUGUCUGCUGCAGAUCAGCAAAAAGCAAUAGAUAGUCUUGAUCAACAACCAAGACAGGCUUAUGAAAGUGUUAUGGGGAAGACACCUGCAGAAAAGCUGCAUUCGGCUUGGCAAGAGUUGCAGAAACAUGUAAACCAGUUGCUCAGCUGUGAAGGUCAAGGUCUCUCCAGUCAAGGUCUCAAGCAAAUCAUAGAGAAGAAGACAGGAGUAAUCAGAAUGCAUAUGAUGGGUAAAAGAGUGAACUUUGCUGCUCGAUCUGUUAUCACCCCAGACCCAAAUGUGGAUAUAGAUGAAAUAGGUAUUCCUGAUGCUUUUGCUUUGAAACUGACAUACCCAGUACCAGUAACAGAAUGGAAUGUAGAUGAGUUGAGGAAAAUGGUGAUUAAUGGUCCUAAUAAACAUCCUGGUGCGGAAAAACUAGAGAUAGAAAAUGGAAGAGUUAUUAGGAUUCCACCUGACUCAAUUCAGAAAAGGAAAAGUCUUGCUAAGAGAUUAUUAACUCCAGAAGAAUUUAAAACUUCAGGAUUGAAGAUAGUCCAUAGACAUUUAGUGAAUGGCGAUGUUCUAAUAUUAAACCGUCAGCCAUCUCUCCACAAACCCAGUAUGAUGGCGCACAGAGCGCGUAUUCUUAAAGGCGAGAAAACUCUGAGAUUGCAUUAUGCCAACUGUAAGUCCUAUAACGCCGAUUUUGAUGGUGACGAAAUGAACGCGCAUUUUCCGCAAAAUGAAAUAGCAAGAAGUGAAGCUUACAACAUCAUGUCAGUACGAAAACAAUAUCUUGUACCGAAAGACGGCACGCCUUUGAGUGGGCUAAUUCAAGAUCACGUUAUUUCUGGUGUAAAGAUGUCCCUUCGAGGCGCUUUUUUCAAUAAAUCCGACUAUCAACAACUUGUUUUCCAAGCUCUGUCAAAUCACAAGGGAGAGAUCAAACUUCUGCCCCCAACAAUAUUAAAACCUGUAAUGUUGUGGUCUGGAAAACAAAUCCUUUCAACCAUUAUCAUCAAUAGCAUACCUAAAGGUAAGCCAUGCCUCUCAUUGUCAGGAAAGGCUAAGAUCAGUAGUAAAGCAUGGCAAAAAGAACCAGCAAGACCAUGGAAGGCUGGUGGAACUCCUUUCACUGAUCUUAACACUAUGACUGAAGCUGAAGUUGUAAUCAGAAAGGGAGAACUUUUAUGUGGUGUCCUGGAUAAGACUCAUUAUGGUGCUACGCCGUAUGGCUUGGUACACUGCAUGUACGAAUUAUACGGAGGAGAUAGUUCAAGUGCCGUAUUGAGUGCCUUCUCAAAAGUGUUCACCUUCUAUCUGCAAUGGAUUGGAUUUACACUUGGUGUCAAAGAUAUUUUAGUUGUUGACGAGGCAGAUAAGAAUCGAGAUGACUUCAUCUGUUUAGUGCGUCAAGCGGGGAAACUUGCUGCUGCGAAAGCGACCGAACUGCCAGUGGAUGUAGAUGAGAGCACUGUGAAAAAUACUAUCGGAGAAAUGCUCAUCAAAGACCCGAAAUUUAGAGCUAACUUGGAUAGACAGUAUAAGACUAUGCUUGAUGGACACACAAACAACAUAAAUAAAGCGUGUCUAGGCGAAGGCUUGUUGGAGAAGUUCCCCUAUAAUAAUCUCCAGCUGAUGGUUCAAUCUGGUGCCAAAGGUUCCACUGUGAAUACAAUGCAGAUUUCAUGUUUGUUAGGACAGAUUGAGUUGGAAGGCAAAAGACCACCCCUGAUGAUAUCUGGACGAUCUCUCCCGAGUUUUCCACCUUAUGACAUUUCACCGAGAGCUGGAGGAUUUAUUGAUGGACGCUUUAUGACGGGAAUUCAACCACAAGAGUUCUUCUUCCAUUGCAUGGCUGGUCGUGAAGGCCUUAUUGAUACUGCUGUGAAAACCAGUCGAUCGGGUUAUUUACAAAGAUGUUUGAUAAAACAUUUGGAAGGUUUAACAGUGGCUUACGAUCAUACAGUAAGAGACGCCGAUGGCAGUGUCAUCCAAUUCGCGUAUGGCGAAGACGGGCUCGACGUAUUAAAAUGUCAAUUCUUUAAAAAAGGACAAUUUGAAUUCCUUGAUGUUAAUUCCAAUGCAGUCGUUACGAAAUCAGUUUUGAAGAAGCUUAAAGAAGACGUAGAUUCCAAGACAAUAUCAAAAUCGAUUAAAUCAUUAAAGAAAUGGAAAAAGAAAAAUGGAGAUCCCUUUGCGAAAGUCAGGACAAGUCCUUUUGCGCAAUUUUCUAUUUUGGCUAGGAAGGAGAUUGAGCUUGAUGAUAUGCCCACUGAUCAAACGAGAGAUCCGUUUUACUGGGAAUUAGAGAAAAAAUGGCGAAGUUUAAGUGAUGAAGAAAAACAAGAGUAUAAAAGGAAAUCAUGUCCCGAUCCACUUCCAAGCAAGAUGUCUCCAGAGUACAAGUUUGGUGUAAUAAACGAGCAACUAGAUGGAAUAAUUCAGAGUUAUUUGAAAAACCGACAAGAAACCCUUUAUUCAGAGUAUACAGAGAAAGAUAAGUUUGUCGAAGUGAUGAACGCUAAAUACUUGGCGUCUAUGGCAGCUCCAGGUGAACCUGUAGGGUUGCUAGCUGCCCAAUCCAUUGGAGAGCCUUCUACUCAGAUGACACUGAACACUUUUCACUUUGCUGGUCGUGGUGACAUGAACGUAACACUGGGUAUCCCACGUUUAAGAGAAAUUCUUAUGACUGCGUCCGCCAAACUCAAGACUCCAAAUAUGGACAUUCCGUUCAGGGAUGACAUUUCUGAUUCAACCAAGAAAGUUGAGAAUCUUCGUCGGAAACUUAAUAGAGUAACCGUGAACGAUGUCUUAGAAAAGAUUGACGUUCAGUGUGAAAUUGUUACGAAUCCGGAUAGAAAGUUGCAGACCACGAUGAGAUUCCAAUUCUUGCCUCACUCGCAAUAUAAAACUCAGUACGCCGUAAAACCACAGCAGAUAAUCAAACAUAUGCAAAACAACUUCUUUGACGAAAUGUUUAUUAUGAUACGGAAGCAGGCAAAAGCUACUUGUGGAGUGCUAUGGUCUGAAGAGAAGGAAAAGAAGCGAAGGGUUGUAAAUGACGACGAAGAUGAAGGCGACGAGAGUCCAGCUGAUAGUAAACCGACAGCCACUGCAGACUCCGAUAGCUCUGAUGACGAGGGACCUAACGAAGAUGAUGACAAUACUGACGUGAGAAUAAGAAAGAAGCGAGCAGAAGAACAAGAGUACGAGGACCCUGAAUCGGAAGAAGAAGAGAAAUCUGACGACGAAGUCGACUUAGUAGAUGAGCCCAGACAAUCUGACGACAUCGUCGAAGUAAAUAAAGACGAAAUUACAGCAGCAGACAGUAGAGCUAUGUCUAAUGUCGUGGAGAAUAUUAAGAGUGCGACAAACUACACUUUCGAUACCAAACGUCAUCAGUGGUGUGAGCUGACUGUCAUGCUCCCAAUCGCCUUUUUAAAAGUCGAUCUGUCUCAAGCUCUUAGAGACGCCGCUAUGAAGUCUGUUAUCCAUGAAGUGAAGAACAUAAAACGCGCCAUCACUAAUAAAGAGAAAAAUGUGCUCUACCUCAAAACUGAAGGAAUAAAUAUCGUUCAGAUGUCCAAGUAUAACCAUCUGUUGGAUUUGAACAAGUUGUAUAGCAAUGACAUACACGCCAUUGCUAACACUUAUGGCAUUGAAGCAGCUAACAAAGUGAUUAUAAAAGAAAUUCAGAAUGUCUUCAAUGUAUAUGGCAUCGCUGUGGAUCCGAGGCACUUGACAUUAGUAGCAGAUUAUAUGACUUAUAAUGGAAUAUUUGAGCCAAUGAGCAGGAAGGGAAUGGAAUCGUCAACUUCGCCGCUUCAGCAGAUGUCAUUCGAAUCGUCAUUGAUAUUUUUGAAAGAAGCUGUUUUGAAUGCAAAGAAGGACAAUAUUCGAUCCGCUUCUAGCUGCCUUAUGCUCGGUCAGCCGUGCCGUAGUGGUACCGGAGCGUUUAGUUUACAACACUACAGUAAAGUAAUCGGAUAAUAUAAUUGCUGUAAGUAAUACUUAUUGUUAUCAUUAAAGUUAUUAUAUUGUCAAUCAAAAUUGGGUAAAUAAAAUUGCGAAAUUAUAGAAAUA